GAUGGCCGCUGCGCUUGCGCACUACCUGAUAACUCGCUUCUGACUCUAGGUAUGCAAAUUUGUAAUCCAACCUGCGCAGAGGGGCAUCUCUUAACCAAAAAGCGCAGAAAUAUGUAAACACUAAUAAGCUCUUCUUCUAUGAAUGAAAUCAUUAACAAACAAAUUCUUAUAAUAGUUUGUAGCCUAAAAUAGUUGAAGUUAAACAAACCAAAGAUAAAAUGGCAUUCAACGGGAAAAGUAAUCUUAAUAGCUACGGCGAUAACAAUCACGACGAAUUUUUUGAAAUUGACGAAGUAUCUGAAUUUGAUACAGCAAGUUUUAAUGAUGGUUUUAUCAAUAGUUUUGAUCGACAAGAUGUGAAUAAUAAAACAAAGCAUCAAAUUAUUGUCGAAGCUUGCAUGAAGGGUAAUUUGGAAAUAAUCGAAGAAUUCUUGGAGUGCGGCCAUGGUGUGAAUGAGUUUUUACUCACUGGCUGGUCAUUGCUAUUAUAUGCUGCAUCGUAUGCUCAGUCUCAUAUUGUUCAGUUUUUACUGAAUUCAGGAGCAGAUCCAAAUUUACAUCAAGAUGGUUAUACACCUUUGAUGGCAUUAUGUAGCUCGACUAGAGGUACACCUCUCAAACGCAUAACGUGCUUGACAUACCUCAUUGAGGCAGAGGCUUAUGUUAAUGCAGCAAACAAACUCAAAGAAACUCCUUUGAUGCUUGCUUGUAAAAUGCAAGAAAUAGAUUUUAUAGAAGAGUUAUUGCAAUAUGUUGAUAACAUAAACUUUGCAGACAGUGAGCAGUGUACUGCCUUAUUUUAUGCUGCAUCUGUUAACAGAUAUGAUGUUGUAGAACUUCUUAUUGAAAAAGGAGCUGAUAUUAAUUGGAUUAAUUAUAGAGGACUUAUGGCUUAUGAUAUAGCUCAAAUUAAAGGAUUUGAAGACUUGCUUCCUUUAAUCAAUGUUAAUCAUGAUGAAGAAGAACAAGAAAAAUUACAAACAAAUUGCGUAUCUUGUUGGACAGACAUGUUUUCAUCUGGAAAUGAUAUGGAUAUGGAAGUCAUAGACAAUGAUGUAUUGAGUAUAUUAUAUGGCAUGGGACUUGAAAGUUACAAAAAUUGUUUUAGAGGUAUCGAUCUAAAAAGAUUUUUAAGAUUAAAAGAAGAGGAUUUGGAAAACUUAGGAAUCGAUAUAAGUGUUCACAGAACAAAAUUUGUUGAUGAACUGUUUAGGUUUCAUAAGCAUGAGUGGAAUACCAAUCCUAUGACUAUUGAUGAGUCACAACCAUUUUCAACCUUUAAUGCAAUACAAAUCUUAGGAAACAUAAAUAAACAAUUAACUGUAAUGUCAAGUAGUGUGUAUUUUUCAAAAAAUUACCUAAAUUCUCUUGAAGAAUUAGAAGAUACAAAUAUUACACAUGAAGACAAGGAAAGAAUAGAAAAUGAAAUAAAAAACCUACAAGCCACAGCACUUCGAAUUAAAGAUGCAACAAAUCGACUGGAUAAUCUUGCAAAAGCAGUAAAUUAUUUGUCAUCUGACAUAUCACUACCAAUCCAUAUUGAGAAAAAAAAGAAAAAAAGUAAUCAUAAAUGGAUACUCAUAACAGUCAUCACCACCAUAGCGGGGAUUUAUUUGUUCAGAAUGAAAAGUAUGAAGAAAUUGUGGAAUAAGGAUAAUACAAAUUCUAAAAGUUGGAAGAACAUUUUUAAUUUUUCUUUGUAUAAUAUAUUCUAUGAAACAUUGUAUAAGAUAAGUCCUUUUGCGAAAAAAAACUCGCUUUCAUGAAAAAGCAUAUACAUACAUACUAAUUAUAAAAAUUUGUGAUAUUAUGUGCUAAAAUUGAUCUAAGUACUGUUGAAAUAGUGUUCUUCCAAAAGAUAUUUUUAUAAUUCAUUAGAUACGCGUAAGCUGUACUAAUGGUUAUCUUUAAGCAAAAAUGGAUUUUUGCUAGAAUGAAAGAAUGCAGCACAAAUCCAAAAUACGCAUUUUAGUUUCCUUUUGUAAAAAAAUAUUUCUUUUGUAACUAUCUUGUAAAAAGAGCAUUAAAUACAAUAAAAAAUUAAUUCUGAAAUUCUA